UUGCGAACAGUUCUCUGCGACAGUUCCCGUAGGGCCUUAAGCAUCGAGUCCGAGGAGAAUGCUGCGUGUGAGGUGUCUGAGAGGAGGUAGCAGAGGUGCUGAGGCAGCUCACCUCAUUGGAGCUAUGCUCGGUCGCGCGCUGACCGGAUGGGUGCACAAAGCAUUCCAGAGCAGCGCGAGCUCCGCCGCCGCUGCCGCGCAGCCCGCGCUCACGGACGACGACAGCGCGAACGAGCCCGACCGUCAGAAGUGCCCGGUCUGCUCGUACAACGAAUGGGACUCGCUGGAAGAAGUGAUAGUUGGAAGAGCUGAGAAUGCCAGCGUGCCUCCGUUUACAGUGGAGGUCAAGGCCAACACCUAUGAGAAGUAUUGGCCCUUCUACCAGAAGUAUGGAGGUCAGCCCUUUCCUCAGGAACAUGUAGAGAAAGCUGUUGCAGAAAUUGAAGAAAUGUGUAACAUUUUGCGUCAGGAGGGAGUCACCGUGAGGAGACCAGAGCCCAUUGACUGGUCUUUCCAGUACAGGACUCCGGAUUUUGCCUCCACGGGCAUGUAUGCAGCUAUGCCCAGAGACAUCCUCCUCGUUGUCGGCAACGAGAUUAUCGAGGCUCCGAUGGCCUGGAGGGCUCGCUUCUUUGAGUACCGAGCUUACCGGCCCCUCAUUAAAGAAUACUUUCAGAAAGGUGCUAAAUGGACCACAGCUCCAAAGCCCACCAUGGCCGAUGAACUGUAUGACCAGGAUUACCCCAUCAGAACUGUGGAGGAUAGACACAAGCUCGCUGCACUAGGCAAGUUUGUCACCACGGAGUUUGAGCCCUGCUUCGACGCUGCUGAUUUUAUUCGAGCAGGACGGGACAUUUUUGUCCAGAGGAGUCAAGUGACCAACUACAUGGGGAUCGAGUGGAUGCGCCGCCAUCUUGCGCCAGCCUACAAAGUGCAUGUCAUCUCAUUUAAGGACCCAAAUCCCAUGCACAUUGAUGCCACUUUCAACAUCAUUGGGCCAGGCCUGGUGCUGUCCAACCCAGACCGGCCAUGCCGUCAGAUCGAGAUGUUCGAAAAGGCGGGUUGGACGGUGGUGAAACCUCCGACACCUCUCAUCCCCGAUGAUCAUCCCCUGUGGAUGUCUUCAAAAUGGCUGUCAAUGAAUGUAUUAAUGUUGGAUGAAAAACGAGUCAUGGUCGACGCCAAUGAGACUUCCAUCCAAAAGAUGUUUGAAAGACUUGGGAUAAAACCCAUCAAGGUGAACAUCCGUCAUGCAAACUCCCUGGGAGGGGGCUUUCACUGUUGGACAACUGACGUUCGCCGCCGGGGUACCUUGCAGUCUUACUUUAACUAGCCCUGCCAGAAAUUAGCAGUUUUUAUUGAGCUCCUUGUGGCGCAAUAUCAAAAACAGUGAGCCAAAAAUUUUGCUUUUCAAAUGAGAUGCAUGACACAUUGAUUGCUAUGAGUGACUAUGGGUUUGCAAAAAGCUUUGUUUUAACAACCUUAAUUUCAAUUAUUAAAUAUAUAUAUAUAUAUCUCAGUAAUAACUGUGCAUUUCUGGCUGGCUGUUGUGAGACAUCUAUUGUAACAAAUGACUCUAUCAGGCAAGGUACACUUUACAACUUAAGAAUAUCUAGGGCUACAUGAAUGGAUGGGUUUAUGAAUUUUAUCCUACUUGAUUUAGAAAAUGUAUGAGACCAUACUUUUUAAAUUGUCAUAAAAAUUGGUGUUACCAUUUUUCCAAAAUUACUGUUAACAUUUUAAACUCAUCACGUGUUAAAGUCUUAAUUAUAGGUCAUUACACACAACCAACCUCUUUACU